AAUCCUCUCUUCUUCAAACCUUUUAUACGUUCUCUUGUUAACCACUUCAUUCAUUCAUCACAAUAACAUAACUGAUAACACACUGCCAUUAUGGCCGGUGGUGGUAUUCCUACCGCUCCCGGUGGUAACAAAGCUUACCCCGGGAACCUCACUCUUUAUGUCACCUUUACUUGCGUUGUUGCCGCUAUGGGUGGUCUUAUCUUCGGUUACGAUAUCGGAAUCUCCGGUGGAGUGACGGCAAUGGAUCCGUUUCUAAAGAAGUUCUUCCCAUCGGUUUAUCGGAAACAAUCAGCGGAUCAUUCGACAAACCAGUAUUGUAAGUUCGACAGUCAGACACUGACCAUGUUCACGUCGUCCUUGUAUCUCGCGGCGUUGUUGUCAUCGUUGGUCGCAUCGACUGUUACCCGGACACUUGGACGAAAGCUUUCCAUGCUUUUUGGAGGUGUCUUGUUCUGCGCCGGUGCCCUUAUUAACGGUUUUGCUCAGGCUGUUUGGAUGCUUAUCGUUGGUCGUAUUCUUCUCGGAUUCGGUAUUGGGUUUGCCAAUCAGUCUGUGCCACUGUAUCUUUCGGAAAUGGCACCAUACAAGUACCGAGGGGCACUUAACAUCGGCUUUCAGUUGUCGAUCACGAUUGGUAUCUUAGUGGCUAACGUAUUGAAUUACUUCUUUAACAAACUUGAUGGUAAUUUGGGAUGGAGGCUUAGUCUAGGGGGUGCGGUGGUCCCCGCCUUGAUUAUCACUGUGGGGUCCCUGAUCCUCCCUGAAACCCCUAACUCAAUGAUCGAGCGUGGUCAAAUAGAAGAGGCGAGAUCAAAGCUUCGUAGAAUCCGAGGUGUUGAUGAUAUCCAUGAGGAGUUUAAUGAUUUGGUUUACGCAAGUGAAGAGUCGAGAAAGAUUGAACACCCGUGGAGGAAUUUGUUGCAAAAGAAGUAUAGGCCUCAACUAACCAUGGCUAUAUUGAUCCCGUUUUUCCAACAAUUGACCGGGAUUAAUGUAAUCAUGUUUUACGCCCCGGUUUUGUUCAAAACCAUCGGUUUUGGAGGUGAUGCUUCGCUUAUGUCAGCCGUGAUUACCGGUACCGUAAAUGUUUUGGCCACGUGUGUUUCGAUCUAUGGUGUUGAUAAGUGGGGACGUAGAUUUCUUUUCCUUGAAGGAGGCAUUCAAAUGCUCAUUUGUCAGGUUGCGGUUGCAAUCUUCAUUGCAAUUAAAUUUGGAGUAAAUGGAGAUCCUGGUGAUUUGCCCAAAUGGUAUGCCAUAGUAGUUGUGCUUUUCAUAUGCAUAUACGUAGCGGGAUUUGCGUGGUCAUGGGGCCCACUCGGAUGGCUCGUGCCUAGUGAAAUCUUUCCUCUUGAGAUCCGAUCAGCUGCUCAAAGUAUCAAUGUUUCCGUCAACAUGAUCUUCACUUUUAUAAUUGCUCAAAUCUUCUUAACCAUGCUAUGUCAUUUGAAGUUCGGACUUUUCCUAUUCUUCGCCUUUUGGGUUGUUAUCAUGACGAUCUUCGUGUACAUUUUCUUGCCCGAAACCAAGAACAUCCCGAUUGAAGAAAUGGUGAUCGUGUGGAAGAAGCAUUGGUUCUGGUCAAGAUUUAUGGUGGAUGUUGAUUACCCUAACGGUCUUGAACUAAGUAAAGGCGGCGAUGUUGUUAAAAAAGUAUAACGUUACCAAAUUCAGUAUCAUGUCACCUUUUAGCGAACUUAUACCUUGUUAAGUAUUAGUAGUUUGUUUUAAAGAAUCACUCCAAAAACAUGAGUUUGAUUUUUUUUAAUGGUUAAGUAAAUAUAUUGGUUUAUGGUGUCAAGUUAAAGGGUAACAUGUGUGAUAUUUCAUAUUUGAUUUCUGAAUAUUGUUCUAGUUAUAUCACUCUUGAAUUGGAUCUUUAUGUA